AUGGCUGAGAAGCUUGUCGAACGACGCUUCCGCCCAAAGGAUCAGUUGGAUCUCCGGAUAUGGGAGGAGACCGGCAACAGCAUUGCCCGGCACAUCUGGGAUGCAGCUAUCGCAUCGGUUAUAUACCUUGAGCAAGCGAUCACUAAGACUCCAGGGUCUGCCGCACCUCUGCUCGAGAGCCUGUUACAAGGCCAAGGCAGCACCCCUCUUCACGCCAUUGAAUUGGGGUCUGGCUGCGGUAUUGUGGGUAUAGCGCUAGCAGAGCUCCUCCCGCAUUGCUCGGUUCUACUUACAGAUCUUGAUGAAGUUGAGGAGAUUGUUAUGAAAAACAUAGCCGUCGCAAGGCCAGCUCCAUCGUCCCGGGUCAGAUAUCAACCACUUGAUUGGGAUGAAAAGCUGCCUGACGAUUUAUGUGACGGCCACAUUGACCUCAUUCUUGUCUCGGAUUGCACGUACAACGCGGACAGCCUGCCGGCGCUGGUCAAUGUGCUGGACCGUCUGGUCCAGAUGUCGCCUGACGCUGUAGUCCUGGUGGCUUUAAAGAGACGACAUGAUAGUGAAGUGGUCUUUUUCAGCCUGAUGGACUCGGUUAAUCUUUUCAGUCUGCAUAAGGACACCAUGCAACUUCCGUCUCAACAUGGCCAGUUUGACGAGGUUGAGCUGUACUGCUAUGGACGAAAGGACAGACAGUACUCUCACCACUGCAAGCCCAUCAUGGCGAGCUGA